UAUAAUCCCUCCGUGAUCCAGCGAGGCUUCGUCAAUCAGUGCUGCUUUGCAGGUAAAUGAUACAAUCUUUUAAGUUUUAAGAGAAAAGAUUAAUGCUGGAUUUACAAACGGAGCAGCGCUCGUGACAGAAAUCUGUGCGGAUCCCGACUUCAUCACCGUACCUGCACACCUGAGGCCAAACAGAACAGACCGUUUGGAAGCUCAACUUCCCACCGGCUGGCCGUCCAACAUGGAGUCCGCAGAUGGGCAGCGGGGGCGGGACAGGCGCUCCCCUCUGGACGUCAUCAUGGACCAGAUCCGCAGGAAGCGCACGGCCACCGACAGGAAGUCGUCAGGCCGCUUCCUGUCUCGCACCCCGUCAGGGCGAGCAGUGAUCCCCGACGACAGAGAGACAGACGACAGAGAGCAGACAGACAGAGCAGAGGGAGCAGGAGCCGUGGAGCCGGCAGAGAGCGAGCAGGACGCCGGCUGGGGGCGAGUGUGUGUUUUCCUGCAGAGACUCGGAAAGAAAGCCGACAGCCGGAGCCUGAACGUGGCGCACUGCGAUCUGACUGCUACUGACCUGCUGGAGCUGGCCACACUGCUCCACUGUUUCCCCCAGCUGGAGGAGAUGGACUUCUCCUGGAAUGAUCUGAUUGGUGGAUCUCUGCGGGCGCUGACCUCUCACCUGCAGCAUGUGGGCGGAGUCAGAACCCUGCGGCUCUGCAGCUGUAGGCUGAACGCCGAUGACAUCACCGCUCUGGGUGAGGCUCUUGAGUGUGUCCCCCUUUUGGAGAUCCUUGACUUGUCCUGGAACCGCGGCAUCGGGGGCGGAGCUUUGCAAGGCCUGCUGGGUAAACUCCACCCACCGCUGAGAGAGCUCCACCUGGUGGCCUGCCAGCUCACUGCAGCCGACGCCGCUGUGCUGGGAGGAAUAUUGUCGGCUCUGCCCAGGUUGUGUGUGCUAGAUGUUUCCUGUAACUCCCUGCUGGCCGGGGGCUCGGGGGAGGCCGGGCUCGGUGGCGUCGGGGAGCUCGCCACCUCCCUCCGUCACGUGGCCUCCCUCACCACGCUGAGGCUGCAGGCGUGCGGGCUGACGCCGGACUGCCUCGACACCCUUGGCGUCUCGCUCCGCUCCCUCUCCUCACUGCGGGAACUGGACUUGUCCUGUAACAAAGACCUGGCUGGAGGCCUGUCUCACCUCACCGGCCACCUGUCUCACCUCACACACCUGGAGAGCCUCGACCUGCACCUCUGCUGUCUCACACACACAGACCUGCAAGCCCUGAUCCAGGUGCUUCCUGCUGUGUCCGAGCUGACCGACCUGGAUGUGUCGUCCAAUAAGGAGGCAGGGGGCGUGGUCCACUCUUUAGUCUCCGCCCUCCCACUGACGCAGAUGAAACACCUGCCGCUCAACAGCUGCAGCCUGAAGGACGAGUCCUUCACUGCACUUGCUCUGGCCGUGCCGUACCUCAGGAGUGUGGAUGUGUCCUGGUGUAAGGUGGUUGGCGGUCGCUUGGCGCUGCUGUUGGACGCUUUGCAGCCGUCAGUCAUCCAGGAGCUCCGCCUCAGCAGCUGUCAGCUCACCACUGAUGACCUGCAGCAUCUAGCUGCGGUGUGUAAGCGCGGGUGUCUGUCCUCUCUUCGGGUGCUCGAUCUGUCCUACAACGGCCAGGUCGGGGACGACGGCUGGGCCGCGCUGUUCGGAGCGGGAGGCCUGGGCUCCGUGGAGGACAUCGACCUCAGCCUGCGACCUUUGACCUCUGCCCCCUGUGCGGCCUGGCUGCCCCGCCUGCUGUGUGCGCUGCCGGGCUGGCCGGCGCUGGCUCGCCUGGCCAUGCAGCGCUGGACCCCGAGCCCGCAGGCCAGGGAGCAGCUGAGCCACUCGCUGACGAAGAGAAACGUCCUGUGGGAGUGCGACCCGCCCACCAAGGCCAUGACGUCAUCAUAUCACCCGACCAAUCAGGAGAGGCCAGAGGAGACCUGUCCGGAGGAAUAGGGAUCAAAGCACUGAAGUCGAACACACAGAGGAGACGGCUGAGUUGAGACCGGGCUGUGAAGGAUCGUGUUUUACUUAUGAUGACCACUUCAGUUUCAGAACAUCACUGCACAUCU